AUGGCAGCAAGAGCUGCGGCUGCGACGGCAGCUGCUGCAGCUGCGAGCGCUCUCUGUGCUAGGAAGAAACCGAGCGGACAUGCUGUCCAACACCCUGCGAGGCCAACAACACCUGGCAUCAUAUGUAUCCCGCUUGUCAAACCUGGACCGAUUCGAGAAAGUGCCAGUCGCUUGAUGCGAAAGGAUGCUUCAUCACAGGUAAAGACAUUACAGAGUCGUGCACAAGAAAGCAAAGGAAUAGCUAUCAACAGCACCGAAAUUGCUCGUAUACCGACCUCCCAGCAAUCUGAGCCUCCAGCGGACGCCCCGAAGGGACCUGCUGCUUGGCGGGACGCGCAAGUGACGGCGAAUCACUUAGUCCAACAGACUCCCAAUAUUAUCUUUCCCAUACCUCGGAGCACCAUAUCCCAGCAGCAGGAUCUCUUUAGUCCAGCGCAAAGCGGCAGUGCAGCUUCGCCAGUGGGAGCGUCGAUAAAGCCGACGGGUGCCUGGUCACAGUCGAAAGCCUGGGUCAGUGAACGAAGCCGACAGCAAGCCGCCUUCAAGAAAGUGCAGGCUAAUUUGGGCCGCAUCAACGCUGCCGACUCGCCAGCUGUACCCAGAACGUUAGCAGAGUUUCUUGAGCUUAAGAAGUGGAAAGCGAAACGCGAUCAGAGGUGUCUUCUGCGGAAGAUCAGCUUGCUCGAGAUGAACCAAGGCUUAGAGAACAUCACACCCGAUGCGGGCAUAUCCCUGAUCACUCCGAACAGUACAGACAAAACAGACGAAGGGGGCAAGGCAGCGGGCUACCCAUCCAACGAUACGACUCGGGUCCCCAAAGCUGAUGAUGUCGCCGAAAAUGAGCGUGAGAAUCUGGAACAGAAGGACGACAAGGGUACACUCGGUGCCUCUGGUACCAGCAGUGAAAGAAUCACCACUGAAAAUCCGAAACCUCCUGAUAUCGACAAAAUUGUGUUGCGAAGGCUGCUGGAUGGGAAAACCUUUGAGGACAACAAGUCACCCGUCUUCGCGUCUGAUACAUGCUGGAAUGUCUCGUACAACGACAGUUCUGGAUCCCCCGUACAGCGUCGUGUUGACUGGCCAUCGAAGGCAGAUUUGCAAGAAUAUGGUGAUAUGCGCUCGGCGGCGGGGAUGCGCCGUACGCUUCCACCCCCUUGCGAGAAUAGGCUCACGCCGAGACUUGCCAAUAUUGUCCACAACGAAAGCCGUUCGCUGCAUGCCCGCUUGACGAACAUUCGACUCGAUCGACUUAGCAUAGGGCCCUGCGACCACAACCCAGUGUCACCAUGGGAUGGGGUGGACAUGGCUCGACAGCCUCGCACAACGACUUCGGCUAGGGAACAGGGUGAAAGAAUGGCUCAGCCUUUGGAAUCUUCGGGUUGGGUUUCUACUCUGGUUAACACAUGGAGCACAUCGGAAGCACAGAAGACAGGGCAUUGA